GGGGUGUUGUAAAGGAUCCACAUCUUGGUAUUCCACGCGGUCAAGAGGUGAAAGUGAAAGGGAUCGAGAAAUCAUUGUGGCCCGGUUGAAAUAUCUUUUCGAAUUUAUUUCAGUUGAUACACUCCCGAUAUCCAACAGAGUCAUUGUCGAUUUAGUUCCUACCUAUCCCGACCUAUUAAUUCGGCCUAAUUAAACGUCAUCUAAAUAAACAAUUCGAAAAACAAAGAAUACGAAACUCUGGUGUCACACUAGCGACUCAGGGGACCAUCACUAUGGCAUCAUCAAAUAUUGGCACUUCGACGAGAGAACAGUGGUCUUAUACAUAUACAAGAAAAGAUCACAUUAUAUACGAGUGGACAAUAACAAAUGAUCAACUUGUUGUUAAAGUAGUUGGAGAAGGGAUCCAGUCACCCUCGUUCUACUCGGGAGGUGGUGAACAAGAGUGGAAACUGCUCAUUUUCCCCGUUGGUAGAUAUUACGCGACGGCGGAUACCGUAGGCCUUUUCCUAGUUCUUGUGUCAUCUCAGAAAUUUGAAUUCACUACGAACUAUAAACUUGCGAUUCUCGACUCGAAUAAAGUAUAUGAACGUAAUUGUACGAAGCAGUGGAGUCAGUUGGAAAAUUGGGGAUUUUCGCCGUUUACGAAGAGAUCAAUUUUGAUGCCUUUUCAAAAAUCUGAUGGUACAAUCACUAUACGCUGUGAUAUGACUGUCUCUAGUGAUAUUCCAACGAUACAGCAGCGAUCAUCUGAUGGCAUGUCCAGGGAACCGAGCCUAUCACUAGAUGCUAAAAAACGCCAUUUGGGAGAAGAUUUUCGUCGUCUGUUCACCAAUCCCCAGUUCAGUGAUGUCAGCAUUAUGGCAGGAGAUGAAAAAUUCUCGGCACACAAGAACAUCUUGACUGCUCGAAGCUCCAUGUUCGCAGCCAUGUUCAAACACGAAGAGAUGGAGGAAAAUCGUACUAACGAGGUCAAGAUUGAGAACAUGGAUUCGAAGGUUGUUAAAGGAAUGUUGGAGUACAUCUACACAGGUGAAGUGACAAAUGUUCAAGAUAUUGUACAUGGAUUGUUGGAGGCAGCUGAGAGAUACGAUUUGAGUGGGUUGAAAGCUAUGUGCUUGGAUACUUUGUGUAGUCUCGUCAACAAUGACAAUUCUGCGGAGACUUUGAUACUCGCUGAUCGAUAUCGUGGUGAUAAAUUGAAACAGUACGCAAUCAAAUUCAUUAAGGAACAUCUCCAGGAGGUGGUGAAAACAGAAGGUUUCAAGAAAUUGUCAGAUUCGGCGCUGUUGAGAGAGUUAAUUUGCUCAAUGAGUGGAUAAUUGUCUCAGGAGAUAAUUGUUGGUAUGUUUUCAUAUAUAUUAGACUACACUAUGCAUAGUCGUAAUACCUCUGUAUAUACAGAAUUAUUUUUAAAAAACGGAAAAUGUAAGAUAUUUUGUUCUCUUUUUGAUAAAUACAUGUGUUAACAGAUACAAUGUGUCCUAUCGACCGAAAUGUUCGUAUAGAUCUGUUCUCAUAUAUUGUGUAUCGAUUUCUUGAUCAUUUUUAUUCCCUUGAUGAUUAUUGUGGCAUUAAUUUCCCUUAAUUUUCCUUGAAACUAUAGUAGGGUUCAGGGGAGCAGAAGAAGGGCUAGAAUU